AUGGAAAACAGUAGUGCAAGUAAGCCCGCUGAGAAAAAGAAGAAUAAGAUCAUCAGUUGUAUCACUCAAUUGCCAUUCAAGAUUGAGAAAGUGGUAGAUGAUGAUACCGAAGGGAUCGACGCCUCGUGCUGGUCCAUUGAGGCUAUUAGUGGUAAUUCAGCAUUGCAAUCGAGUCUACAGUACUUGAAUGAAUGUGGGAAAUGGGACCACCACAUUGUUGGAUGGACUGGUGAGAUUAUGAACUCUAAUGAAGACCUGGACAGUCCAAUGUAUUUGACUCAGGAGGAGAAGAAAGUGCUAGCAACUUUGUUGCAGGGUAAAGAGGCCCAGGACUCGGUUAGAACUGUGCAUCCAGUGUGGCUUCUCAGGAAGGACCAGUAUCGCUGGAGACAGUUUGCUGAAAAUGUGAUUUGGCCCGCAUUGCACUACAUUUUGAACCCCCCAGAUGACGGUAAGAUGGAAAACAUCUGGUGGUACGAUUAUGUGAAGUUUAACGAAGCUUAUGCCAUGAAGGUAGCUCAAAUUUACGAACCCGGUGAUAUCAUCUGGGUGCAUGACUACUAUUUGAUGCUCUUGCCUCAACUGUUGAGAAUGCGCUUUAACAACGCAACAAUUGCUUAUUUCCACGAUACCCCAUGGCCUUCUAACGAGUACUUCAGAUGCCUUUCCAAGCGGAAGCAGUUCUUGGAUGGGUUGCUAGGUGCAAAUCGGAUCUGCUUCCAGAACGAUGGGUUCUCCAGACAUUUUGUCUCCAGUUGUCAGAGACUCUUGGGGUGUACCGUGAAAAAGGGGAGCAACUCUAAUAGCAACAAUUCUGAUGAGUACCGGAUCACAUCAUAUGGUGGAGAUGUUCUUGUAGACUCGUUGCCGAUUGGUGUGGACACACAGAAGAUUCUCAAAGAGGCAUUCUCUCCGGAACUUGACGAGAAGGUCAAUUCCAUCAGAAAGGCAUACGAGGGUAAGAAGGUCAUUAUAGGAAGAGACAGAUUAGACACAGUGAGGGGUGUGCUGCAAAAAUUACAAGCAUUCCAAGUGUUCUUGGCUAUGUAUCCAGAAUGGAGAGAGAAGGUCGUUUUGAUUCAAGUGAGUGGACCAACUGCUCCUACAGAUGUCAACAUUAAACUGGAAUCCCAGGUUAAUGAGUUGGUUACGCAAAUCAACUCAGAAUAUGGUAACCUAAACUACAAUCCGGUACAGCAUUACCAUCUGCGGAUUCCUCAAGAUGUAUACUACUCGUUGUUGCGUGUGGCAGAUAUCUGCUUGAUUACAAGUGUCAGAGAUGGUAUGAACACUACCGCAUUGGAAUUUGUCACGGUUAAAUCGCAACUGUCCAAGUAUAACUGUUAUGCAUCUCCGCUCAUAUUGAGUGAGUUCUCAGGUGCUAGUACCAUUUUGAAGGACGCAAUCAUCAUUAACCCUUGGGAUGCAGUUGCAGUGUCUAAAGCCAUUAACGAAGCCCUAAAAUUGAGUCCAGAAAUGAAAAAGAGCUUGGAAUUAAAGCUAUGGAAGGAGGUGCCAACCAUUCAAGAUUGGACUGAAAGUUUCUUAAAAACCGUAAUUGACUUUACAAGCGGCCAGAGCGGUAACGAAAGAAUUACACCAGCUUUGAACCGUCCUUUACUAUUGCAAAGAUACAAGAAGGCCAACAGACGCUUAUUUUUGUUUGAUUAUGACGGUACCUUGACCCCAAUCGUGACAGACCCUGCUGCAGCUAUUCCAAGCGCUAGACUAUAUUCCAUAAUUACAAAACUUGCACAAGAUCCAAAGAAUAAGAUUUGGAUUAUAUCUGGCCGUGACCAGAAAUUUUUAAACAGGUACUUUGGUACUAAACUUCCACAAAUAGGUCUAAGUGCAGAACAUGGAUGUUUCAUGAAGGAUGCCGGAUCUGAAGAGUGGGUGAAUCUCACCUCGAAGUUUGACAUGUCGUGGCAAGAGAAGGUUGGCCAGUUGAUGGAGGAGUACACAAACAAGACUCCAGGUUCUUCUAUUGAGAGGAAGAAAGUUGCAUUGACAUGGCAUUAUCGUAGAGCAGACCCCGAGUUAGGUGAGUUCCAUGCUAAUGCAUUAAAGAAGGCUUUAGAAGAAUUUACUGAAGGGAUGGGGCUUGAAGUUAUGGAAGGUAAGGCUAAUAUUGAAGUUCGUCCAAGCUUCGUGAAUAAGGGUGAAAUCGUGAAAAGACUUGCUUGGACUCCUCAUGGCGCUAAACAAGUCAUCGAAGAUAAAUUCACGCUCAAUGAUGAUGUGUUGAGUGAAGAACUUCCAGAAUUUAUUUUAUGUCUUGGUGAUGACGUCACAGAUGAAGAUAUGUUCAGACACUUAAUCCAAAUUGAAAAACAAUGGGAAAAGAAGUACCCUGAAACAAGUUCAUCUCUUGGAUUUGGUAUUUACCCUGUUACUGUUGGUUCGGCAUCUAAGAAAACCAUUGCAAAAGCUCAUCUCACUGAUCCUCAACAAGUCCUUGACACCCUUGGUUUACUAGUGGGUGAUGUUUCAUUAUUCCAAAGUGCAGGUACUGUCGAUUUAGAUGACAGAGGUCACUUGAAAGAUAGUGAGAGUAGUUUAAGAUCUGAGCAAGCAAGUGCAGCCUAUGCUAUGAAACGUUCGACAUCUUCUGGCUCUAAUAUAAAGAAAGUGUCUUCUAGGACUAAUUGA